UUUGCGUUUCCUAGGAAGGCGAAGGCAUGACCCGCCCUACUCUGCCUUUGAUUGGCUAUUACUGGUUACCUUCGUUUGUUGGAUUGAGGAAUGAGAUUGGGUAGGGAAAGAAUACCAGGGAAACCAAUCAGAGGCAGAUUAGCGCGGGUUAUGCCUUCGCUAUCCUAGGAAUCGCAAAAUCGCUAUUACAGUCAUUUGAUUUCUCUCUGAGGAAAAAGACAGUAGUUUGACUGUGGUACACUAAACAAAAAUGGACUUUAAAGUACGGGCUGCAUUAAAAGAAGACUGCAAAGAAAUAUCGAGAAUGAUAUUGGAGUUGGCGGUUUAUGAAAACAUGCCCGACCAAGUGAAGAUAUCUCAUAAAGAACUGGAGCGGGACGGUUUCUGCCAAAAUCCCUUCUUUGAAUGCCUCGUUGCAGAAGUGCCUGAGGAGCAUAAAUCUAAAGAAGGAUUCACAAUUGUCGGAUAUGCCCUUUACUUUUAUACCUACAGUACAUGGAAGGGGCGGUCAGUAUAUUUGGAGGACCUGUACGUGAUGCCAGAAUUCCGAGGAAGGGGCAUUGGUAAGGGUUUGCUGAGCAAAGUCGCUGAGGUGGGGAAGAAGAAGCAGUGUGUGCGGUUGCAACUGUCUGUGUUGGACUGGAAUACUCCCACUCGAGACUUCUACGCUGCUAAAGGAGCUCUGGACCUAACCGCCAGCGAAGGAUGGCACUUUAUACGCUUUGACGGACCAAACCUGGACAAUUUAGCAAAUGAGGCUCCUAAAGAUUAAAAGUCUGGCAACGAAAAUGUGUCUCGCUGUGAAAGAUGAGGCUGUUAAACAUUAACCUUUUUGUAAGACGGUGCCAAAAUAAGCUUCAUUUAGCUGGUUCCUCACUACCUUGUCUUCUGUUGAACAAAAUCAUGUUUAAUAUCACAAGGACCUGCAUACACUUUAUAAAUGUAACUUUAUCUACUUUUAUUUCAUUAAAGUACCUUUGACCUUAA